CGGUCGAGCCCGCUCCUGCCGGCGAAGAGGUGGGAGGGGAGCGGUGUGGGGCCUGCUCCGGGGCCGCAGGAGAAAGAGGGGGCGGCGGCUCAGCGGUCGGUUUGUCUUCUCAGCUACGGUCCCUCCGCAGGGUCCCCGCCCCCGCACCGUCCCCAGCCGCGACCGAGGCCCGGGCCCCCCACUGGCCGAGCCAAUGCUAGAUCUGGAAGUGGUACCCGAGCGCUCUCUGGGGAACGAGCAAUGGGAAUUCGCACUGGGAAUGCCACUGGCUCAGGCCGUAGCAAUUCUUCAGAAAUACUGUCGCAUCAUCAAAAAUGUCCAGGUUCUCUACAGUGAACAGGCUCCUCUUAGCCAUGACCUCAUCCUUAACCUGACUCAGGACGGGAUCAAACUGCUGUUUGAUGCUUUCAAUCAGAGGCUCAAGGUAAUUGAAGUUUAUGACUUGACUAAAGUGAAGUUAAAAUAUUGUGGCGUCCAUUUUAACUCUCAGGCUAUAGCUCCAACCAUAGAACAGAUCGACCAGUCCUUUGGAGCCACCCAUCCAGGAGUGUACAACUCAGCUGAACAACUUUUCCACCUCAACUUCAGAGGAUUAUCCUUUUCUUUUCAGUUAGACUCAUGGGCCGAGGCUCCAAAAUAUGAGCCUAAUUUUGCCCAUGGCCUAGCUUCUCUACAAAUUCCCCAUGGAGCAACUGUGAAGCGUAUGUACAUCUAUAAUGGAAACAGCUUGCAAGAUACCAGGGCACCUGGGAUGCCUCUCAGCUGUUUCCUGGGGAAUGUGUACGCAGAGAGCGUUGAUGUCUUGCGAGAUGGAACUGGACCCUCGGGUUUGCGGCUCCGCUUGCUCACUGCAGGCUGUGGCCCAGGUGUGUUGGCUGAUGCCAAGAUGCGGGUAUUUGAGCGCUGUGUGUACUUUGGUGAUUCAUGCCAAGAUGUUCUGAGCACUUUGGGAUCGCCACAUAAAGUCUUCUACAAAUCAGAAGACAAGAUGAAGAUUCAUUCUCCUUCCCCUCAUAAGCAGGUUCCAUCCAAGUGCAACGACUACUUCUUUAACUACUUCACACUCGGAGUGGAUAUUCUUUUUGAUGCAAUUACCCACAAAGUGAAGAAAUUUGUCCUGCAUACAAAUUACCCUGGACAUUAUAACUUCAACAUUUACCACCGUUGUGAGUUCAAGAUUCCACUUGCCACUAAGAGAGAUGCAACUUCCCAAUGGUCUGACUGUGUUGUCUUCUCAGAAAGUGCUGAUUCUCAGACCGAAACCUGCACGACUUACAGCAAGUGGGACAGCAUCCAGGAUCUCUUGGGCCAUCCUGUGGAGAAGCCUGUAGUCCUUCACAGGUCAUCCUCUCCAAACAACACCAACCCAUUUGGAUCCACAUUUUGUUUCGGGCUGCAGCGGAUGAUCUUUGAGGUGAUGCAGAACAACCACAUAGCUUCUGUCACCCUCUACGGCCCACCCAGGCCCAGCAGCCAGGUGAGAACAGCGGAUCUUCCUUAGUGAGCGUCGCCUUCAAAGCCAACCGAUCUCCAAUGUUCCAGAAUUAGUACAGCGUGCCUUGAUUUGCUUGUAUGUGGAAAGCACGGUGUGAUAGGUUUUCUCCAUCUCCCCUUCCUCCGGGCGGUGCGAAGGGAGCAUCUCUCAAAUCUUCCCAAAGGCCUGGAAGUCUUGGUGAGGAACACAGCUGGCUGGCUAGCUAGCUGGCUAGCUGGAUCAUCUCUUUUGUACUCCCCUUGUCCUGCUCAGCUCAGCACAGCCCUGAAGGAACUGAUCUGCUCAUCUUCCCCCUUUUACUUCUCUCUCUGAUGCCCUGCUGGCAGAAAAGCGAGAGAACCCGGGGGUGGGCGGUGGUGCAGAAGGACUGCAAAGUAUUAGAAGCACAAACUUUCUGAGCCUUGAAGCAUCUGGACACAGGUAUUGAUUAGUCUGUGUGUUUGUGUUGCUGUAUUAAUGUGGUAGACACAUUUAAGAAAGCAAAAUGAUAUAGACUUCUAUCUAGCUAGCUCUCUACAUAUAUAUAUAUAUAUAGAUAGAUAGAUAGAUAUAUAGACAGAUAUAUAAAUACAAAAAAAACCCCAUCGGUAUUUCUGUGGCUUGGACAGCGUACCACAUGUGACAAGGGUGUGUGUAUAUAUGUCCGUGAUUUCAGGCAUCACAUCUUUGUGUAACUUUUCUAAAAAACAAACAAGUAGCAUGUGCAUAAUACUUGGUUUGUAACAUUUGCACUACAUACACUUUAAUUACUUGAUCAACAUUAUCUUCAUGGAGGAGCAGGAGGAAGAGGAUGUGGACUUGGGUGACUUGGGUGUGAUGGUUAUUUAAUGCGUGCUGUGUUUCAAAGCUUAUUUAUAUGGUGGAACAAGCAAUCCACUGUCCUGCACUAAUAUUUACUUGACAUGCUGGAACAGUUGUUUUGGGGCCUUGCCUGACUCGCUAAUCUUUCGGGGUUGGUUUCUGGGGGCUUUUUCUGUUUUUAUUUACACAAGUCCAGUUCCCCCUGGAAUAUCACAGCAUAGGUAAUAGGGGCCUCCACCCCGGAGGGGGAGCGGCAGAAGGGAGCCGGGGCGCCUCGUUCUGUUUCCCAUGUGGAGGCUCCUUUCUUUUAACCUAAAGUUUCCCGCCGUGGGGUGGCCCGUCUCGAGCUCGCUGGGGCUCGAGACGUGGGCUCUGAAACUUGAAGCUCUGCAGCUUUGGAGGGCAGGAAGGAGCAGGCCCUCCUUCCGGGUCUGGGUCCCGAAGCAUCGCUCCCUGACACCUGGAAAGGCACAUACGUGUGUGUCGCUUCGUCGAGACAUAGGCUUGUUUGAUUUGAUGCCAAAGUUUUAGCCAAAGACAUCGUUGUCCUCCAACCGUUGUUUCAGCAUUUCUGUCCGUACAGUUGAACUGCACCCGCAGUCCCCAGGGCUUUUCUAGUUGAGGCGCUCACUGCUCGCCAGGUUUUGUAUCAGAGAGGAUGGUCUGGGUUGGUGACUCUCUUGAUGAGUCCUAUUCGAGGAAAGACAUAGUCGUCUUUUAAAAUAUUAACCCUUUUUAAAAAAAAAAAAAAGAGAAAUGUAUAAUUUUAUCCCAUUUUUAAUAUUUUGGUGUAGCAACUUGUGAUACAUAGAUGACAAUUUUGUGAGGUUUUUCAAAUGUGUGUACAGAUUUUUGUAAAUAUGACAUUUUUGUAAUUUUAACUCCUGUACAGUGUAAUCCUGUAUAGUUUAUCGAUGAACAAGAUCUAGGAAAUCAGAUGAUACUGAACAUUUGAAACCCGGACCAGUAGCAGGGGCAACGUCGUGUGUAGGUCAUUUCUUCCACCAUAUAGUCUUCCUGUAUACUGUGACGUUCGAUACCGCUUGGCUAAAACACAAACCAUUGGGAAUCUAGCUGACAAGGGAAAACGAAGUACCGUCUAUUCAUCAGAGUAAAUUUCUUUUCCGACCCCACUCCCUCCUGCGCCGUUGUUUCCUGUGAUCAUUGCUGGCUGAGAUCUCUGCACCCCACUUGAUUCCUGCUUUCCUUUUGGGUUUGGAUUUUUAGUUUUCCCAACCCUCCUGUAAGUGAAAUGAAUACCUAAUGAGCAUGUAAAUGGAAAGACAAAUAAAAUGAAACUCUCAGUUACUGUUUUUGUGUUAACUACAGUGGCUGGGUGUGUUUUGUAAUAAAACAGUGAAGGCUUUUGGUCAUUCCUGGACCGGAA